AUGUCGAGCAAAGAUGAUAAAACGGUGGCCAAUCUCUCACAUGUCUCUAUUAAUGGGGAUGACGUCGAAGGACAUGAUGAAUCUAUCGCACCGCGCAGCGACAGUGGGUGGGAUGGAAAACUACGUAUAGAGAAAGAGGGUGGCAAGAAGUUAGAGCUUGUCAAUCCGGAAGCUUUAUCUGAUCCCGAGUAUUCAGACGAGGAGAAUGUUGUUCCCGGGGAAAUUAUAAAUGCAGAUGAAGAUCUCCUCGACGACUAUCCCCUCGACACCGAAGAAAUAGACCUAGUACACGCACGCAUUUCCUCCAUCCCAUCACUCCGACUCUCCCGCUUCUCCCAAGUCCAACGACUUUGUCUCCGUCAAAACACCAUCACCACAAUCGAAGAACUCUCCUCUCUCGCAUCUACCCUCACCGAACUCGAUCUAUACGAUAACCUAAUCGCGCACAUCCGCGGACUAGAAGAUCUUAUCCACCUCACCUCGCUCGAUCUCUCCUUCAACAAACUGAAACACAUCAAGAAGAUAAAUCACCUAACCUCCCUCACGGAUCUCUACUUCGUCCAGAACAAAAUAACCACGAUCGAAAACCUAGAAGGUCUAACCAAACUUCGCAAUUUAGAACUAGCCGCGAAUAGAAUCCGCGAGAUUCAAGGUUUAGAAACAUUAGUAGGACUAGAAGAAUUAUGGCUCGGCAAGAACAAAAUCACCGAGAUGAAAAAUCUCGACGCCUUGCAAAAUCUCAAGAUCCUAAGUAUCCAGAGUAAUCGCAUCCGCUCCAUAAGCGGCCUAGAUAAACUUUCUUCGCUAGAAGAACUAUACAUCUCGCAUAAUGCGUUAACGUCACUCGAGGGUCUGGAAUCAUCUUCUCAACUUCGCGUCUUGGAUAUUUCGAAUAAUCAAAUUUCGUCUCUGGCGGGCGUCAAGGGGUUAAAGGAGUUGGAGGAGAUAUGGGCGAGUUAUAAUCAAAUUGCGGAUUUUAAUGAUGUGGAAGAGAAUUUGAGAGAUAAGGAGAAGUUGACUACGGUUUAUUUUGAGGGGAAUCCUUUGCAGUUGAGGGCUCCGGCUUUGUAUAGGAAUAAGGUGCGCUUGACGUUGCCGCAGCUUAUGCAGAUUGAUGCUAGGUUUCGUAGAGCACGGUUUAUGCAGUGA